CCUCGCGAAAUGUGACUGCAACUUAUUCGAUUCUCCUGCAAUGUUAAGUGAACACACGCCAUUUGGAAUAAGCGCAUAAAACGGCAAAAUACGUCACUUCAAGUUCGGGGUUGCCUCGUUCCAACGAUUUCUUAUCCCACGAAAAGCAUGUAAAUCCCACGAGUAUCUCCUCGAUAUCUUCGUUCCAAUAGAACAUUUCAAAUACUAUUUUCCACGUGCGGAUUUCGAUAACCUUGUGGUGUUUGGGUUUGUUUAAUCAAAAAAAGUUUGUGCGCAGUUCCUGAUGGAACAGUGUGAGAGAAACAUGGCAUCAUUAGUCGAUCCAGACAAGUGGGACUGUGCAAAAGAAGUGCUAACAUCGAAUCAGCCCCGGCAGGCUAUAUAAGUCAAGCAUGAUUGUCUUCUAGACACAGACCGAAAGAGUAACUCGUUUCGAAAUGUAUAAAAUCGUGAUCUCUUUGUGCCUCCUGGUGCCCGCGAUUGGAAAUGCAUGGGUACUCAAUCUUUUGCACUCGAUGGAAAUUCAAUUAAACGGCACACUCGAAAACGUCACAAGAACGUUAAACAACGAGUUUGCAGUCGCUGACAAGGCUAUGGGUUCAAUUAUUUCCGAAAUUUCUUUGAAAGAUCCAUUUCUAUUGACGCUCGAUCGUACUCGUUACGUGAUAGAUAAUGAGUCGAAACGUUCCCACGAUUGUUCCGAAUUUUUGAAACAACUUUUCGAAAUGUACCGUCAAAAAGUGGAUAACUGCUCGAAGCUCCACCUGAAUUUUCUGUCGAAAAACCAUAGAGCUUUGGCCGUCACAUUGCAAAUUACUCUCACGAAAUUUGAGAGAUUCAAAGCAGAGGCCAUCGAAUGUGAUAAAAAUGCUACAACUAUCGUUAAUAACAUGAUGGAUGCCUAUUGUGUCCGACGGAUCACGAUAAAAUUGAAAAAAAUUGAACGUAAAAUUACAAACGAGUUUUCGACCGUUGUUCGGAUCGCAAGAAAAAUGAAGGAUACGUGGACAAGGAACAUCAUCGACUGCAUAGCGACAAACGAAACGCCGUUAAUUGUUGAAAAUUAUUUGAAAAAAUGUGAUUCUCGAUUAGAUGUAAUUUUUAAUCCGAUAAAACAAAAUUAGAGACAAAUUAUUUGA